AUACGCGCAGACUCCCAUGUCAAAACAAAGAACGGCAGGAUAAAGCUCCACUACUGGUAUUUAAAUUAACUAACCUUCUCAUUUUCCUCUCGAUGUCUAGCAGAGCAUGCAGUGUUGUUAGGUCGACGGCUGUCUCACUGUCCUGUACGGAUACCUUAUGUUCACUAUAAGGAACGGAACGGAGCGGAAAUGGAACCGAUAAGAGGUACCAAGGAUGACACGUCGUUGUCGGCUGAGGAAAAGGGGCAGAGCGGCGAGGUUCUAUCCGCGGCCGUGCGAGCGAAGAUCGAACGUAACCGGCAGAGGGCGCUGAUGCUCCGGCAGGCCCGGCUCGCCAGCAGACCGUCUGCUCCCCAAGGUGGCACAUGUGCCAAAGUUUCCAAAGUGAUUGACUCUGGGGGAGGCUUCUUCAUUGAGGAAGAAGAGGAGGAGGAGCAGAGAGUGACGAAGGUGGUUCACCAGCCAGGACCGGUGAUUGAACCAGACUACCUGGUGUGUGAAGACUGCGAUAAGCCAUUUAUGGACUCCUACCUCAGCAACAGCUUUGACCUGCAUGUCUGUGACAAAUGCAGGGACAACGAGAUCAAACACAAACUGAUCUCACGGACGGAGGCCAAGCAGACAUAUCUACUGAAGGACUGUGACCUGGACCUGAGGGAGCCCCCGCUGAAGUUUGUGCUGAAGAAGAAUCCCCACAACCCACAUUGGGGCGACAUGAAACUCUACCUGAAGCUGCAGGUGGUGAAACGCUCUCUGGAGGUGUGGGGCAGCGAGGAGGCACUAGAGGAGGCCCGAGAGGCCAGGGAGGAGAACCGGGAGAUGCAGAAGCAGAGACGCUUCAACAAAAAGGUCAAAGAGCUCCGCCGGGCCGUGAGGAGCAGCAUGUGGAAGAAGGACACGAGCGUCCACCAGCACGAGUACGGGCCGGAGGAGGUGCUGGACGAAGAGGAGGACACCUACAAGAAGGUGUGUCUCACCUGCGGCCACCAGCUCACCUACGAGAAGAUGUGAGCAGCACCUGACUGUCUGGAGACGGCAGGGUGGUGCUUUCUGAGGACCUCAGGACAGGCGUCAGUCCCGGGACCAAAGGAUGAGGUCUUCUGGCUCCUGUCUCUGCUUUAGAAGCACAGGCUGACAACCUGCUAUUUCAGGCAGUAUCUGCUACGUGGAUUUAAGGAAGACGGGUGGAUCAGCCAGUAACGUGAUAACUGGCCAUAACGUAAUAACUUUCUAAUGCAAUAAUGGUAGCUAAAACAUUGUUGGCUGCUACAACAGACAAUAAUGUAAUAACUUUACAACUUAUUAUAAAUUACGCGCAAAAUGUUACGUUUUUGAUUCGGAGAUUGUAUUAUUGGUAAGUUGUCACAAGGUUGACUUUACGUUAAGAAUGAUAAAAUAUUAGCUUUUGCAGUUACUGCACUAUUGGCCACUUAACGUGAACAGAAGUAGACGUAUAGUGUUAUGAACUCAUGACAUACCUGUGUUGUACAUACGCUAUAUUUGGAUUGUUAUUUUGUAUUAAAAGGUAAGUUCCAGGCUUGGACAGUGUAGUGAGCUCUUUGUAACAUUCUUAAUGGGUCAUAACCCUUAAAUUAAAUGUGACAUAGAAAACAAAUACUGUAAGCAGAUCUAGUAGAAAUAAUUAUAAUGUAUCUGAAUAAAAAGACUAUUUUUGUAAUGCAAAUAAAAUUUCUAUAUAAACCA